GCAAUAGUCCAUGUCUAUGGCAGAACCAGCAUCGCGAAAGGUCUCCAAAUGCGGAUAUUUGUUUGUUGCACCCGAUUGGGAUUUCAGUAAUCCAUUAUAUAGAACAAAGCGUUGGCAAAGACGAUGGUUUGUUCUCUAUGAUGACGGCGAACUGACGUAUUCUGUUGACGAUUAUCCCGAAACGGUGCCGCAGGCCUGCAUCGAUAUGACCAAAGUGAUUGAGGUGACCAGCGCUGUAGAGGUAACUGGUCAUCCCAAUUCCAUUGCCAUAACCACUCCGGAAAGGGUUACCUUUGUCAAGGGCACCAGCCAAGAGGAAUCGCAAUGGUGGCUUAACAUAUUGGCAGCAUUUCCCAAAUCGAAGGGAAGACAUAAGCGAAGUGCCACAUUGCCAGGUGGCCAAGUGGUUACGAGCCUGCGACAAUCGAAUAAUAAUAAUACAGAUUUAUCAACCAAAUUGGGCAAUCGUCAUAGUUCAUAUCACAAGGACACACUAACGUCGUCCCAAUCGGCUGGAAAUUUGUUGAGCAAUUUGGAAGUGCCAACUGGUAGCUCAAACACUAUUGUCACAACAACAACAAAUCCGAGCCAAGAUGAUGAGGAAGACGAUGGCGUCGAAACUGGCGAGGAUGAUGAUGAAGAGGAUGAUGAUGCAGAUGGAGAACAGCAGCAAGUUUCAUCCAGCAGAAAAUCAAAAGAUGCCAGUCGUUUGGGUGGACAGGAUGAGAAUAAUCGUAAUGCUGGCAAUGAGAUCACAAAUCGGGUUUCCCAACCCACGACAUGUCUGCUUAUUGAAGAUAUUCGACGUGAUGAGAAGACCAUUAAAGAUAUUGCCAAUACCAUAACGAACCUAAGUCAACAGCAGAACAAACGUUGGUCGGCGGCUGUUAAUAAUGUCCUCAAUAAUCAGCAUCAUUAUCAUCAGUUUUCAUCGGCAUCGCGGGAUGAGACCGAUUUUCAAGUGACAUCGACGAACAAAUCAAAUCAGAGUACGGGCAGCAGCGAGAGACCAAAGUCAUUGCCAUUGGCAGCCAAUUCAACGCCAGCAAUUGUAUCCGCCAUAGUCAAGAAGAUACCCACGGUUAUGGUAUCCCAACAACAACAGCAGCAACAGCAACAACAGAAGCAGCAAGUAGAGGCUAAAAGCAAAUGUACACCACGAUUGCAGCUUCAAUUGAAACCGGCCAAGCAUUAUCAACAUGAACGUGGUGACCCCGACGGUGGUUGUAAUCUAGAUGAGAUGUGUGCCAACUAUAUGGCCAAAACGGAUGAAUUGAGAUCGGUUAGUAAGGUGGCCAGUAGCAAAGCUUCAACCCCAAGCAAAUCGUCGGGCAAACCAAAUGCCGAAGAGUCGUUAAAUGCCAAGAAGGGUUGGCUAAUGAAGCAGGAUAACCGAACGGGUGAAUGGUCAAAGCAUUGGUUCACUCUUAGUGGAGCUGCUCUGUUUUAUUACCGUGAUCCACUAUGCGAAGAGCGGGGUGUUCUUGAUGGCGUCUUGGAUGUCAACAGCUUGACCAAUGUGCUGGCCGAACCUAAUGCAACCAAACAACAUGCUUUCCAGCUGAUAACCUGGGAUAAGCAACGUCUACUAUUGGCCAGUCUCUCCCCAAGUUCAAGGAACAGUUGGCUAGCUGUGCUGAGAAGUGCAGCUGGAUUACCCCAACAGCUGGUGGAGACACCGACAGCUACAACAAAGCCAACAGAUAUUGAACAAGACUUCAUUAAGGCUCAAUUACAGCCGGCGGUGUCGAGUCCCGUGACACCCGGAACACCAGCUGGACCGCACUUCUCCUCUGAUGAGGAAUAUCGCACCGCAUCCGAAGGUGGUCGUCGAGAUAGCCUCGACUGGGGCUCGCCUCUGUCGCCAUCGCCUCCGGUGCUGCGCAGCUGUCUGCGCAAUCGCAGUCUGGCCAGCUUACACAAACGUAGUCGCAGCUCUCCGCCCAGUUCACGUCGCAGCACUGUGGAUAGUGUGGCCAGCGAUGAGCUACCACUAUUGGUGGUUCCCGAAGAGCAUCUACCAGAUCGUGAACUGAAGCAGCAAUGCGAAACGCUUCGAGCGGAGGCCACUCUACGCGAGGCUCGCAUGUCGGAGCUGUUAAGCACGUUGCAACGUACCGAACAACAGCUGACAGCUCGUCUGCAGGAGCAACAGCAACAGUUGAAUGGGGAACUGGCCAAUGCCAAGCAAAGUGCUGCCGAACUAAUGCACAGUCUGAGCCUCCAACUCUCCGAGAGUCAGUGUAAAAUCAAGCAGUUGGAGGAUCGUCUGGCCCAAGGCAUUGAGGAGAAUGAGAGUUUGUAUAAAAAGCUGAGAGAACUUCAGGCGGAUAGCAAUCAAGUGGCUAGUCUUAGUAAUCUGCAACGUCAUAAAAUGAAGCGCAUGGAUUCGCUGAGUGAUCUAACCACCAUUAGCGACAUUGAUCCGUAUUGUCUGCAGAGAGAUUCGCUGGCCGAAGAGUACAAUGAACUGCGUUCACGUUUCGAGAAGGCUGUCAAUGAGAUACGAGCCAUGAAGCGAGAGCUGAAGCAAUCUCAAAACCAAUACGAUGCCCUGGAAUUGGCCCAAGCAGCUCUCCAACAGAAACUGGAACGCUCUAAACUCGAGGAUGGAGCCCAGCUUCAAUUGAUGGCGGCACGUAUACAAGAUUUAACUCUUAAGUACAGUGGUUCAGAGCGUCAAGUGAGAGCUUUGAAACAAAAACUAGCCAAAUCCGAAAGACGUCGCUCCCUCUCACUGAAGGGUAAAGAGCAGUUGGAACUCAAACUCAGUGAACUUCAACGGGAGACUGUUGAACGCAAAUCAAUGGAAAGCAGCAGCACCCCAUGCACAGAGUCGUCAAGCAGCAGUGAAUCCAGUCAGAGUCCCAUGAACGCCCACCUGCUGCAACGGCUGCACAGUCUCGAGCAUGUGCUCCUGGGCAGCAAAGAGCGACUCGAACAGAGUCUAACCCAAUUGCAACAAUUGCGCGCUGGUCAGCGUAGUCGACGUUCCGUCUCUCCCAUGAACGAACGCAAGGAUGGUCUAAGACAGCUGGAAAGAACUCUAGCCGAAACCUGUGUGAUGGUGACCGAGCAAAUGGAACUUAGUUGCCUUCAAGAUGCCUGCCACAAGUGCUGUGAGCUAAGGCAACGGGUGGAAAAGUUAUCCGCCUUGCAGCAGCAAACCGAAAGCGAUCUUCAGCGUAGCGAAUUGCUCCUGGAGCAAAGGGAAAGUGAGCUGGCCACGGCCUUGGAAAAAUGUGCCACACAGGAACAGGAACAGGAGAUGCUCUUGCUGCAGCGCACUGAGCUAAGCGAAGAGUUGCGUAAACAGCAAGAGCGCUGCAAGAGGCUGGAGAAACGUCUGGAGCUUCUAGAGCGAGAGCAUGGCAAGCAAUUGGAAUGCCUUAGGGAGGUCUAUCACAACGAACACGCUAAUGUGGCCGAUGAGCAGAGCUUCCGUAAGCGUUAUCAAUUGGAAAUAGAACAAUUGAGGACACUUUGCGAGAAGGGCCUAAGUGCUAUGGAGACAUCGCAUCGCAGACUCAUUUGCGAAAUAGAGGAAAAGCAUCAAUCGGAAAUCGAGCGUCUAUUGGCAGAGAAAGAAACCGCCUUGGCUGAAGAAACACAGGCAACACUGGCGGCACUUGAUGCCAUGCGUAAGGCUCACCAGAGCGAAGUUCAGCGCGAGGUGGCACGUUUCAAACAGGAGUUUUUGCGACAAGUUCAACGAGGUGAACAUAUGCGUGGUGAUGGAACCAAGUUGAGAGAAGAGGAACUGGAAGAGCUGCGUUUGGAAAUUCUUUCGUUUUCUGAUAAAUACACAAUCAAGUGUGUGGAAAAUGCUGCCCUUGAGGAGAAAUUGGAUUUGGCCAAUGGCAAAUUGAGACAUUUUCAGCAAAUGCAACAGCUUGAGCUAAGAAAUAAACAAUUUCGUGCCCAUUUGGCCUCAGAUGAUCCAAGCAACGAUGUCCACUUUGUGCAGGGGCUAACAAACGAUUCUCGUGAUGAUGCUGACUGUGAAGAUAGCGAAAAUGUACCUGUACAGUGUGCACAACCAAUAACGACUGAAACAACAGCAGCUACAACAAGAGCAACACCAACAACCUGUACGAGAACAGCAAGUGACACUGUUAACGUAAACAUUUCCAAACCGAGAUCAUCCGAGAUAAUGGAGCAAAACCUAUUUGUGAUACCCUCCCAUAUGCUAAAUUGUAACCCAGUUUCUGCUGCUGCUGCUAACAAUUCUGAUUGUCAACAAAUUCAAAUCGAUAUCGAUAACAUUGAUGCAAUCGGCUAUGAGCCAUGCUAUAAAACAUUCGAUAUAUUUGAGAUCUAUCAGAAUCGUUUGAGUUUUCAAGGUUUAAAAGAGAACUCCACAUUUGGGAAAAGUUUAAGAAAAUCCACUGCACAGACAUCACCAGCAUCAUCAGAUAUAACAACAACAGAAAGAUUAACAACAAAUAAGCCCAGUCAAAAGCAAUUGUUUAAAACGGCUGCCGUAAUUAACAUUCAACAGCAACAAAUACCCGAAGAAAAAGCACAAUGAACAAAUGAAGCAACAAAAAUAAAAAGAAAAUGCAAUAACCAAGCGACAAAACAAAAACCCGAACCAGUGGAACAACCAAAGAAUAAUUAGUGCUAAUAAUAAAUAACCUAAUUAAAUACAUAAUUAUAAAUAAUUAACAUAAAUGAAAACAAAAAAAAAGAAAGAGAACCAAAACGGCACGAAAAUUAAUGUAAAUAAUGCGAAUAACAUUUAUAACAGAAACAACAAUAAAAGAACUGGUCCAAGAUCAUAAUGAAAUCGAUGAUAAUAAUGAUAAUGAUGAUGAUGUUGGUGAUGUACAGUGAUAUGGAUUAUGAUGAUGAUGAUGUUGGUGACCUAAGGAGCCAUCUCCCCCAGGAGAUGAGAACCAGAGCACGGAAGUAAACGACUGUUCACCCCCCUCCAAGGCAUUUGUGGAGAGGACGUCGAGCAAUGAAUUCAAUAUGAACAACUAACCCGCCCCAACAGCAAACAAAACCAACAAUAACAACAACAAUUAUGGCG